GGGGAGGGACACACUGCAACAAAGAAACACUGCGUUCACAUUCACAUACAUGUACUCAUACUCAUAAUCUGCUUCGUGUACCCAAAAAUAACAGUGAGGAAGAACGAGAGUGUGUUUUUCAACAUAGAUCGUACACGGAAGGGUUUUCCCGUAAUUUUUGUUGAACCGGAGCGGGAGAGACACUCGGCUUCCUGAACGCGUGGGUCUAACCUUUGAUUUUAUGCUGCUGGCACAAGCGCGCUGAACGCCGCUGUCAUUUACACAGGAGGACAAGACACAAAACUACUGUAUUCCGUUCAUUUAUGCCGUGUAUAAAGUCUUUGGCUAAAGAAUUAAUUCAUCCAGAACCGGUGAGCUUCAAGAGGCGUCGCGUUGAGUUACGACAGGUAGUGACAAGUUUGAUUCAGACGUUUGAAGUCUCACAAUCGCGGCUCUCAAUCUGAUGUCUACCGGGAUCUUCACAAUACCGAGCUGCCGCAAUGUCGACCGGAGCAGGAAAGAGACUAGAAAAGCGGGUGGGAAUACUGGAGUCACUCAUCAAGGACCAACGAUCACUGCUGAAUUUGGAGAGUUUGCUGGAUUCAGUAACUGCUCUGGCCCUUGAUCUGAAUCAUCCCGCACUGAGAAAGAACAAAAAUAUAGAUUCCUUCUUAAACAGAUAUGAAAAGGCCGUGAGUCGCCUCAGGGAACUACAGGUGAAGCUGGAUGAUUUUGACAGAGUCAAGCUGAUUGGUCGUGGAGCGUUUGGCGCAGUGCAGCUGGUACGACACAAAGCAUCCCAACAAGUGUAUGCCAUGAAGCAGCUCAGCAAGUUUGAGAUGGUCAAGCGCUCUGACUCCGCCUUCUUCUGGGAGGAGCGUGACAUCAUGGCAUUCUCCAAGAGUCCUUGGAUAGUUCAGCUGUGCUGUGCGUUCCAAGAUGAGAAGUACCUUUAUUUGGUGAUGGAGUUCAUGCCCGGGGGAGACCUGGUGACUCUGACCAGCAACUAUGACAUCCCAGAAGAGUGGGCUCGAUUCUACACGGCAGAAGUGGUGCUGGCACUGGACGCCAUCCAUUCUCUGGGCUUCAUUCACAGAGACAUCAAACCAGACAACAUGCUGCUCGACCACAACGGACACCUGAAACUCGCUGACUUUGGAACAUGCAUGAAGAUGGACUCGUCCGGUAUGGUCCGCUGUGACACUGCUGUCGGGACUCCUGAUUACAUUUCUCCAGAGGUUUUGAUGUCUCAAGGAGGAACGGGUUACUAUGGCCGGGAGUGUGACUGGUGGUCUGUUGGAGUUUUCAUUUAUGAGCUGCUAGUGGGUGACACACCGUUUUAUGCAGAGUCCCUGGUGGGCACCUACGGAAAGAUCAUGGAUCAUAAAAACAGCUUAACUUUCCCAGAUGAUAUCGAAAUGUCAAAGGAGGCCAAAGACCUCAUCUGUGCCUUUCUGUCUGACAGGGAGGUGAGGCUUGGCCGGACAAGAGUGGAUGAAAUAAAAUGUCACCCCUUCUUCAAGAACGAUCAGUGGACCUUCGACACCAUACGAGACACCAUGGCUCCAGUGGUGCCGAAGCUGAGUAGUGAUAUUGACACCAGUAACUUUGAUGAUGAUAUAAAGGAUGAUCCGUUAGGAACCGAGACCUUUGCCCCUCCCCGUGCCUUCACAGGAAAUCAGCUACCAUUUGUGGGCUUCACGUAUUUCAGGGAGGACCAACUGUUAAACCAAAACCAUAAGUGUUCAGAAGAGGACUCUAAUGCUGAUAGUGUCAAUGAGGAUCAUAUUUUAAACCAGGCAGAGUCCAGUGACCUGCAAAAGAGGCUGAAAAAGUUGGAAGAAAAAGUCAAACAUGAGAUGCUAGCAAAGGAGGAACUGGAAAAUAAAUGCAGAACAGCAAAUCAGCGGCUAGAGAAGUUGUCCAAAGAGCUUGAAGAAGAAGUGAAUGCGAGACAGGCGGUGGAAGACUCUCUGAGGGAACUGGAGAAAGAGAAAGCUUUACUGACGCACCAGCGUUCUGCGAGCAUACGAAAGGCUGGCCUAGAAACAGACAGAAAGCGUCUGCUUGAGAAUGAGGUGAGCAGCCUGAAAGAGCAGCUAGCCGAACUGAAGAAGAAGACCCAGAACUCUCAUAUCUCCGCAGAGAAGAAUAUUCACCUGGAAAGACAGUUGGAGGAGCUGAAUGCUAAGCACCAGGCUGAGGUGGAGGAGUCCGAGCGGCUGAAGAAAGCCCAGGGCGAGGCAUUGAGACAGUCCCAGCAGCUGGAAGUCUCUCUCAGGGAGCUUCAGGAGCGUCUGGCCCAGCUGGAGAGCAGCCGGCUGGGUCUGGAACAGGAGAGACUGAGCCUGCAAACCUCACUGGAGGUGGAGAAGCGAGAGAGAAGCCUCGGCUCAGAGACUGUCAAUGACCUACAAGGCCGUGUCUCUGGACUGGAAGACGAGUUAAAGCACGUAAAGAGUUCUCUAUCAAAGGCUGAAGCAGAGAAAAGACAGUUACAGGAGGAUCUUACUGCCCUGGAAAAGGAGAAGAGCAAGCAGGAGAUUGAUCUUUCUUUUAAACUCAAAGCCAUUCAGCAGAGUCUAGAGCAGGAGGAGGCAGAGCAUAAAGCCACUAAAGCCAGAUUGGCUGACAACAACAAAAUCAACCAAUCCAUUGAGGAGGCCAAGUCUGAGGCCCUGAAAGAUAUGGAACAUAAGCUGCUGGAAGAACGAUCUGCGAAGCAACAGUUGGAAAACAGACUGAUGCAGCUGGAGAAGGAAAACUCAGUAUUAGACUGUGACUACAAGCAAGCCAAACACGAGCUUCAGGAGCUCCGCUCGCUCAAAGAAAAACUCACUGAGGAGGUGGAGGUGCUGAGUGUGCGUGUGCAGCAGGAGACUCAGAAGAAGACUCUGUUUCAGGCAGAUCUCAAUGUACAGAGGCAGGAGGUCAGCUCUCUGCGCUCCUCGGAGAAACAGCUCAAACAAGAACUCAACCAUCUGCUGGAGCUCAAACUCAGCCUGGAAAAACAAAAUCAGGAACUACGCAGGGAGAGAGAAGAAGCUGACAAACAGCUGAAAGAGCUGAAGGACCAGUUGGAGUCAGAGCAGUACUUCACAAAAUUGUAUAAGACUCAGAUUCGAGAGCUGAAGGAGGACAGUGAUGAAACGGCUAAACUCUACAAAGAUGCUCAGCAGAGAAUAGAGGACCUGCAGGAAGAGAGGGACUCAUUAGCAACACAGCUAGAGGCAAGCCUGACAAAAGCAGAUGCUGAAGAGUUGGCACGCACCAUCGCUGAGGAGCAAUACUCAGACCUGGAGAAAGAAAAGAUCAUGAAGGAGCUGAAGAUCAAAGACGUGAUCGCCAGACACCGGCAGGAACUCAGCGAAAAGGACAAUACCAUCAGCUCGCUGGAGGAAUCGAACCGCACACUGACUUUGGAUGUUGGCAACCUGGCUAAUGAGAAAGAAGAGCUCAACAAUCAGCUCAAACACCUACAGCAUAAGCUGGAGAAGACCAGAGAAGAAGAAAAACAGACGAAAUCUUUGAUCCUAUCCUUCGAGAAGCAAAUACAGUCUGAGCGAACCCUCAAGAUUCAGGCUGUAAACAAGCUGGCUGAAGUUAUGAAGAAGAAUGAUGUCAGAACACCGCAAGGCAACAACGCUGAUGUCCGCAGAAAGGAGAAGGUGAAUAGACAGCUCCAGUUGCAGCUCCGCACUGAGAAAGAUAAACUCGACCACACCAUCAUCAAAUACCAGAAAGAAAUCAAUGAAAUGCAGGCUACGUUAGCAGAGGAGUCUCAGGUGCGACUGGAGAUGCAGAUGUCCCUGGACAGUAAAGACAGUGAUAUUGAGCGUCUGCGCUGUCAGAUCACUUCUCUGAGCAUCCAUUCUCUGGACACCAGCAGCAUCAGCAGCACCGGCAACGACCUGGAGGGUGAUGACGCUUAUCCAGUGCGCAUCAAACACUCACACACCUCGGAGUCUAUGUCCUUCACAUACCAACGAAGCUCCAAGUCAGUGUGUAUUGAUACCCGGCCAUGCCGGAUCGUUCCUCGGUUCCCCUCCGACUCAGAGGAAGAGGAGGAUGAGGAAGUCGAGUGGGGGCAAAGGCCCACCCUCACAUAUGAGAAGCCUACUGACCAAGAGUGUGCAGAUUCUAGUCUUGAAGGAUGGCUCUCAAUGCCUACCAAAAAUACCAAACGGUUUGGAUGGGAAAAGAAGUAUGUGGUGGUAAGCAGCAAGAAGAUCCUGUUUUAUGACUCUGAGCAAGACAGAGAGCAAUCCAGUCCCUUCAUGAUUCUGGACAUAGACAAACUCUUCCAUGUGAGACCUGUCACUCAGACAGACGUGUACCGCGCAGAUCCAAGAGAAAUCCCACGCAUCUUCCAGAUAUUAUAUGCUAAUGAGGGAGAGAGCAAGAAAGAGGAGCUUGCUGUGGAAGCCUUAUCAGCAGCUGAAAGGUCGUCGUUUAUCCCACACAAAGGUCACGAGUUCGUACUCACGCUUUACCACUUCCCCUCUAGCUGUGAAGCAUGUCCAAGGCCUCUGUGGCACGUCUUCAAGCCCCCACCAGCCUUGGAGUGCAGACGCUGCCGAAUCAAAUGCCAUAAAGACCACAUAGAUCGCAAAGAGGAGGUCCUAGCUCCUUGCAGAGUGAACUAUGACAUGUCCACGGCGAAAGAGCUACUGCUGCUGGCCAACUCCACAGAAGAGCAGCAGAAAUGGGUCAGACGCUUACUCAAGAGGGUCCCACGUAAAACUAUAGCCCAUUCCUCAAGCAUAGCUAUAGCUUCUCCUCCAUCCGAGGCAUCACCAACUGGCCUGUCCCCUCAGCCCUCUCCUCACCUGUCAGCCCGUUCAUCUCCCAGACUUUCACACAGAGGAGCCGUCAAGGUGCAUUCCACCCGACAGCAGCCCUCACCCAAGACCAGAUUGCUUGAGUUGGGCCUGAAGGACUGGGGUUGGUCUCUUGAUGUUGAAAUGGAUGAUGACGAUGUAUUAGACUUCUGAGGACUAACUUUGGUGAAGGUUGGAUAGGUGAUAAUCCAUCUGGGAACUAUGAAAGCGGAGCAAAUGGCAGGACUUCCAAGUGCCAAACUCCACAAGUAUAAAUGGCUGGGGAAGGGGCGGUCUAAUAUUUAAAACAGAACAAGCCAUAAAUCCCCAAAAGGGUGCAGUUUCAAUUUUAAGCCAUUAUAAGAGUGUUUUAUGUCUUUGUAGACUAUACAAUUCUUUAAAAAAAAUGCUGUUUAAAGAAUUUUUAACUUUUUGGUCUCCUUGCAAGGUUGUCAAUAAGUGUGACUGUUUGCCUGAGUGUGAGUUUGAAACAGAAUAUAUAGGCCUACUUUGACUCUGCAAUUACAUGAUCAUCUGAAUUUAUAUACUCAAAUAUUAUAUCUAUUUUUUGUUAGGAAAAACAGAUAAAUAUUUAGUGACAGAUUAUAUUUUUAUCAUGCAUUAUAUGAAAGAACACUUUUUGAAAACUGCUUUUCAAAGAGCAUUACUUAGUUGUUUGCCAGAACUAUCUGCUCAAAAUAUAUGCAUUAUUAAAGACUGGUAUUACAUUAUGCAAUGAUGCAAUCCGUAGGACAUUUUAACAUUUGUAUUAAUUGCUGUGACAAAAAUUAGACACAAUCUGAAUGCAUAGUGGAACAUGAAGACCUCCGGUCCAAGCAUUUUCUGUGUUUUAUCAUUUUGCCAUGUUACCACUGACAAACCAUUGAAACAUUGUGAAAUUGUUAAUAAAAAAGCUUUAUUUGAUGAACUUCUUAUGUGUGAUGAUCCAAAACUUAUCUGGGGCGUUUAUACAGGAAACAAAAUAAUUUUGUCUUGGAGAAAGGUCGCAUUAAUGUAUUCAGUUAGUAUAAUCAUUAUUACUUGUUUAUAAGAAGAUAAAGCCUUUAAAGAGGUGGGUAACUUAAAUGUUGAAAUAUUACAUGAUAUACAUUGAUAUACAUGUAAAAAUUAACAUGGGGAGAAAA